CAACUGCUCAAACGAACAUGUACUAGUCAAUUUUAUGAUGUUCGAUCCCAUGGAACAAUCGAUAUUUUCGAUUGUUUAUGUGGUUGUACCGAUUGCCACUCCGUGUGUUUAUAGGGGGGAGAGUUCGAUUGGUAGUUCGAGCCAGUACGAUCACAGAAAGGGCUGGGUUGAGAAGUUUCAGCAUUGAACAGAAGAUGUUUUUGACGUUUCGACGCCGGUAUAAUUUUAUUCUAUUUUUUCUCAAAACGACGUAUCAACAGAAUGGAUUCAUAAUUCAACUAACAACUUUUGAUGAUGUGAUGAAGACCAAUGGAAUGUUGAGACAUCAUUUUCCUAUUUAAGUGCAAGUUUUUGGUGUAAUUGUUUCACGUUGUGAAAGAGAUGUAGCUAAAUAAGUAUUUCGAACUAAUUUUCUAAGCAUUUUAUAUUAUUAAACAACGUCUUGGCAAAAAUUAUUGUACACUAGAGAUAAAACGAAUGAAGGACACUGGUUUAAACAGACUGGUUUUUAUUUUGGGCUGGGUGGAGGUUUCAGUCUUCAUCUGGCAAUCCUGAUUUAGGUUUACCGUGAUUUCUCGAAAUUACUUUAGGCAAAUGCUGGGAUGGUUACUACUGACGGGCCGCGGCCGACUUCGUGCCCCAUUAUUGUCAAACUAAACGAACUCCUCCUGCAUCAUAAGUUAGAAAAUGGCAGGUUCUGAUGCUGAGCAGUUCUCUCUGAGAUGGAACAACUUUCACAGCAAUCUUGUAUCAGGCUUCCAUGCUCUCCUGCAAGAAGUAGAACUGGUGGAUGUUACCCUUGCAGCUGAGGGACAGUUCAUUCAAGCACAUAAAAUUGUGCUUUCAGUUUGCAGUCCAUAUUUCAAGCAACUAUUUCAGGUAAACCCAUGCAAACAUCCAAUUGUUAUCUUGAAGGAUGUGGGUCACAAAGAACUGAUUGCAAUUCUGCAGUUCAUGUACCAGGGAGAAGUUAACGUUCGUCAGGAAGAACUUGCCGAUUUCUUAAAAACUGCUGAACUCCUGCAGAUAAAAGGCUUAACUGGAAACGAUAAUAAUCGAGAGCCAGAUAGAACACCUUGCACAACUCCUCAACCAUCACCUCAUCGGCAACCAGGAUCUCACAUUCGUGUAUCAGAUGUCAGAUCUGAGGCACACUUAUCAGAAGUGUCACAAGGAUAUCCUUCUGGAAAUGAUGCCAAUAUCGAUCUGGCUUCUGCUGUGAGUGAGGAAAGUGCAUCUCCAGCUCGACCAACCAAACGGCUGCAUAGUGAUGCAUCUGUUAGCUCAAGCACAUUAUCACAUAGGAAGGAACAAAAGGAGGAAGAAUUUGUUCAGAAAAUCCCCAAGGUUGAACCCAUCGAUCUUGACUUGGAUGCAGAAAUAACAAGUGAUCAAAUCUCUCCUGAAGGGCUCCAGCAAUUCCUUACAAAUUCUGGAAAGAGUACACAUCCACAACAAAAUAUUUCAGCAGGUGGAAAUGGAAACAGUACCCCAGCAAUAGCACAGAGUCAGUUGAUUCACCCUUCUUCCAUCUCACGCCAUGGACAGGUGUCUGAAACUUCAGUUGUUUCAGUGCAGAGUGCGAGUCAAGUUUCGCCUUGUCUCGAAUGAUGGUGAGAUGAUGGUGACAACACAAACACCCAGUCCCUGGACGGAGAAAAUGCCCAACCUGGCCAGGAAUCGAACCCGGGACCUCAUGAUUCAGAGGCAGCUAUGCUACCCACUAGACCACAAGCUGCGGACUUGUGCUGAGAAGUGGGAUACUCUGUGGACAAAGAUAAAACAUUGAUCAGCAAGGAUGAUGGCCCCAUAAGAUGAUCAAGUAUCUACAGCGCAGACAUUUUCCUCACUCUUCGGACAUUGCCUGAAAACACAGUAAAUUCAUGUGACAGGAUAUUGUAUAAAAAAAAUAUGAUCACAAACAAUAGCACAUUUCACAUUAGUGAAAACAUUGGGCAAGUUCACUCUGACUAUAAGAAGUAAUUAGUAUUGAAAAGUCCCAAACUGCUUUGAACUGGUUUUGAUAACUCCCUUUGCAAUGUUUGAUACAUUGAAGAAAGAUUCUUCAUCUGUUGGUGAGAAUCAUAUUGCUGUGGAGUCCUCCAGUAAAGUAUACACCCAUAUCCAUCGCUGUGGUGACUGCCAUUUGCUAAUGUAAAGGCAGUAGGUGGUUGUAGUAUAUCCAUAGACUUAAACCAGAGCAAAGACAGCAGCGUGUGUCCUGUCACUGUCGAUUCUGCUUUCAGAUAUGUUUGCUGAAUGGUCAUUUCUGUCAUCAAAUAACACUCUGUAAUCUGAUUCACUAGAGAUGUGUUCCACAGUCCUUUUUUGAAGCCACACAUUUGAUUGGAAAAGGCUUGUCUGACCUUCCUUCAUAUAUUCUUCUUCUUCUUCUCGAUUGCUGUUUUCUGCUGCCUCUUCGUAUAGUCUCUGUAUUUUGUGUGGAUGUGAAGCACAUAGAUUUGACACCCCUGCCAGUAUUUUCAGUUCUGUCUGAUACACUUUGGAUCUGAUUUGAUAUCACCUGGUGGAACAUAAAUUGUAGGUUGUCAAAUAUUAUUUCAAAGUCCAGCAGAAGCAAGUCUAAAAUGGCCGUUGGAAGUCAAAAAGGCAGGUAAGGACCUAUAACAGUGAUGGUUAAUUAUGAAACAGAAGCUCAGAUUGUUUUUUUCAGGCAUUAUUAGACCUCAGCUUAACAUUAAAUACCACAAGUUGCAGACAGGUGGAAUUGAAACACUUACACAUUAGCUUUCAGCCACAGCCUUCAUCAGGAAAAGAAAGAGAAAGACAUCCUUCAUUCACACAAGCAAGCACAAAUCACAUACACAUGAUCGCCAGCUCUCAGCAGCUCAGACAAGAAUGUAAUGCCUGAUCAGUGUGUGACAUUGUCCAGUGCUCACACAAUUCUAAGUUUUGUUACCAUUUAUUACUGUUAUAAUGUCUCAAGCUGAGUGUUUAAAUGUAAUUACAUUUCAGUCAGGUGAUUGCUUGCAGGGAGAUGUUGUCAUCUAAUAUCAAUAGGGGGUUUGGAUUGGUAUUCUUUCUGAAGUGCUCAAAACAUACAAGAAAUAUGUCUAUGUUCAUGUAAUGUAUCUUGAUUGAGGUGCUCAGUUUCUGAUGUGGGAUAUCUAGCUGUUGAAACUUGAUUAUACAGAGCAAACUAUCAAUUAAUGAGUAAAGUUGGUGUCUGGAAGUUGGCAAAAAAAUUGCUGCUUCUUUUUCUGAAAAGUGCUGGUUGUGGUGGAGCAAUAUUUUAAGCGUUUACAUUUGAACUAUGCACAGGUUGCUUAGCUAUAUUCUACUGUGAUAGACAGCUAUUAGCCAACAACAGGAAAUAUCUUACUGAAGUUAUUGCAAGAAGCAUUUGGACAAGAUUUUUAUUUGAUUUCUGUCCCCCCAGUUGCAUGUGAGGAACAAUAUGAUAAGUAUGUACAAAAUGUGAAGGUUAUCAGCAAUAAGAUGUUGGUCAAAAUAUGGAUUUAUUCCACUAAAAGUAUAAAUAAAGAGAAAUUUUUUAGUGAUGUCUACUUAAAUAAAAGACAGUGGAAUAGUUGGAGGCUUGAAAUGUAUGUUUGUUUCUUGCAAAGAAAUUUAAACUCUUAAGAUAAAACUGAGAAAUGGUUUGACACAAAAAUUUAGCAAUUUUUGUGUGUUGAAGUAUUUUAUUAUUUCUAAGCAGAUUAUAUACUAAAUAAAUAUUUCUGUAAAGAGUGAUGAAUGCUAUUAAAUGUAACUGUUUUUAUGGAUGAAAUAUGCUGGCACUGUAUUAAUGAUAA